AUGUCUGAAACUUACGCAUAUACAUUUAAUGCAGUACAAAGAAGGAAUUUCAAAUCACUUCGUACAGCUUUGGAAUCGAGUAAUAUUCAAAAUAUUGAUGAAUAUGCUAAAAUCAUCUUCAAAAAAGAAAAGGUCGACAGUUCAUCCUUCCCUUUGCUGAACGCAGUAGCUCUUACAAGAUGGAAAAUACCAGGUGAACAAGCUUUAGAGAUCGAAAAUUUUGUCAAGAAAAAUGGACCAUUUACCGUUGCUAAACGAAGUAAUCUUCCGACGAAAGAAGAAGUAUUCAAUUUGAACAGUCACAAUAAACUUCGAUCCUUAUUGAGAUUGAGAUUGAAGGGUGGUGAAUAUAAAUAUAUUAAGAUCAUCCUUAAAAGGGUCCAUAAUGGUUCAACCUUCCUUUUGCUAUGCGCAAAAAUUCUUGAAAUAUGGGGAAUACCAGGUGGACCAGCUUUAAAACUCGAAAAUUUUGUCAAGGAAAUUCUAGGAGUUGUUCCUACGAAUGUUGUAGAAAAUUGGCGAGAAAUUUUGGCGUCGAAGAAAUUUGAUAAUAAAGAUAUUAAUAUCAUCAUUAAUCAAAAGGUCGAUGGUUCAUCCUUUCUUGGGCUGACCGCAGUAACUCUUGAAAGAUGGGGAAUUCUAGGUGGACCAGCUUUAAAAAUCGAAAAACUGGUCAAUGAAAUUCAAUUUGCUAAAAAAAGUGCUCUUCUUACGGUCAAAAAAGUAUUAGAAUGGAACCUCCAACACCUCCAACAACUACGUGAAUUUUUGAAAUCGAAUUAUAUUGAUGAUGAAGUUAUUAAAAUCAUCACCGACAAAAUAAAAGGCAAUAAUGGUUCAGAAUUUCUUUGGAUGAACUCAAUAGCCCUUGAUAAAUGGGGAAUAGAUGAGAUAACCGCUAGUAAGAUCGAAACUUUGAUCGAAGAAAUUCAAGGACCAAACUUUGGGGAGGUAUCCAUUGUAAUCGAUCAUUCGAAUUUGUCCAAGCAAGGUCAAAAAAAUGAUAUAAUUAAGGAAUCUUAUCACAAAAAAAAUUGGCUUAAUUACAAACGACUUCAAUCAGACAUAUUAAAUGAACGAAAAUUGGGUGGCUUUUCAGAAAUAUUUUACCCUACAUAUAAUAAUAUCGAUAAAUUAUGGGCAAAAUAUAAUCAAGAUUUUAAUCUUCGGCCCAUAGAGCAAACAACGAAGCACUACAAAGAAAAAAAAUUAGACACUUCAUUAGCUAUACGAGGAACGGAAAUCUUUGAUAGGAAACCCGGAAUCUUGGCUAUAGUAGCAGGCGAUAGUGAUUUCAUACCAUUAGUAGAAGCUGCCUUGAAAAGAGGGUGGAAAGUUGAAAUAUGGUUCUGGUCAUCAGCGUUAGGAUUAAGUGAGGAAUAUGUUGAAUUAUCUAAAAAUUUUGAAAAAAACUAUAGUAUCCACAAACUGGAUGAUAUAUUUAAACCAGUUUCUCGUAUAAAUCAAAGAUGA